GUAAUAGGUACAUGCAAGUAGUUAUCGAUAUGUACGUGUAUAUGAGUGGGUAGGAGAUGACAUGGACCAAACCUUAAAAUUAGAUUAGGAGCCCGAUAUCCCGACCGACGUUUCCCAAACGUGCGGCUGUGUUUCUGGCUGGUUUCUGGCUGGUUUCUGGCUGGUCUCUUUUCUAAACUCCCAUUUCUCCAAAGCCUCUAAUCUUCUAAUCUAUAGGACGGUAAACUCCCGACCAAAACAGCAACGACAAAACAUAAUAACUCAUGAGUCAAUCAUUCGCAAAUUAGAUAUUUAAAUGUAUUAGUAGUCGUAUGGAAAAACAACCCUCUCCGCCCGAAAUGGAACAGCCGUAACAAAGCCAACCCCGUCAAUGUCCACGAAACUUGAGUCUACUUUAGUCCAUCCAUCUUCUCCAUUUGCUCUGCCACGAACCUAAUCAAUCCCGACGUCGCACCUCCGAUGAUGAUUGUCGCCUUUGUCCAACAUUGAAAAUACUCUUACGAAUAAUUCUCGGCGCUCCCGUUCCAACUCCUCGUGGAUAACGAUAUCGAUAGUACCGGCGAAUACUUGACCGGAAAGUAAGCCGCCCGACAAACAGACAUCUAGUAGCUGAAGCCUCACUCCGUCCUUACCAUCAUAGCCAUCAUAGCCAUCAUAGCCAUCAUGUCUAGUUCUUUUGAGAAAUCCGUCAAGGGUGCAACCAAGAUCAAGGCCGCUCCUCCGAAAACCAAAUAUAUCGAGCAUAUCCUUGUCGCUACGCACGCCGGAGAAGCAGGAGUGGGAGAAGUUUUUCGGGCGUUGCAGUUUCGGUUGCGGGACUCGACAUGGACCGUAGUACUCAAGAGCUUGAUAACAAUCCAUUUGAUGAUCAGAGAAGGGUCGCCGGAUGCCACAUUAGCGUAUCUCGCGAAGCAUCGAAGCCAGCUAGCAAUAGGCUCCUUCACCGAUGCGCAAAUUCAGGGGCGAAACAUACGACACUAUGCCGGCUACCUCGCAGAACGCGUACGCGCAUAUAGAGAUACGAGAAUAGAUUGGGUCCGAGCUAAAGAAACGCGACUUGAGAAGCUUUCGGUUGACAAGGGAUUGCUCCGGGAAACCGAGGCGGUUCAGCAUCAGCUUACUGCUCUGCUGAAGUGUGAUGUUCUUGAGGAUCCCGAAAACGAAAUUACAAUUACUGUGUUCCGACUUUUGGUGCUGGAUUUAUUAGCGCUGUUCCAGGUCUUGAACCAAGCUAUGAUCAACAUUUUAGGGCACUUUUUUGAAAUGUCAAAGCCAGACGCAGAGAGGGCUUUGGAAAUCUACCAGAACUUCACUAAACAAACAGACUACGUCGUACAAUAUCUGGCUGUAGCGCGACAAUGGGAGCCUCAUACUAGAGUCGAGGUUCCUAAGCUGAAGCACGCUCCUAUCAAUCUUCGACGGCAACUAGAGGAAUAUCUGAAAGAUCCUGAUUUCGAAAUUCAUCGAAGGCAAUACCUGGCUGAGCUCGAGGCCAAGAAGAAAGGAGGAUCUGGUUUGUCUUCAAAAACCGAUAAGGGUACUGCGGACUCCAAGGCCGCUACCGCAAAGUCGAAUGGACCAUCCGCAACUUUAUCCAAGCCGCCGCAGGCAACGAGAGGACCGGAUCCGGAUUUGAUCGAUUUCUUCGACUCGAUCGAGCAGAACCAAACCACAAUGGCGGUACAGCCGAAUCCUCAGCCGCAGAUUACCCAGGCAAACCUUCCUAUGUCUACAGGGAACCCUUGGCCUUCAAAUACUCCCUUCGCCAUACAACCAACCGGCCAGCUCCAAGACAAUGGUUUUAUACCUCAACAGACUGGCUUCCCAGCUAAUAAUACCCCUUUCCAACAACAGAAUGUUGGCGCUUUCUCCCAGCAACAACAAGUACCAAACCAGAUACAGCCGAGUUUCACCGGUGCUGGUUUCGGCGGAUAUCCACCGCAAUCUUUCGCGCCAGGCAGUCUUCCUCCUAUACCCCAGAAUUCUACGCCUUCUUUCCAGCCUGGGACUUUAUCCCCACCUAUGCAGACAGGGCUUCAGCCUGGCCAGCAGAUAACUAAUCCUUUCAGAGCGUCUAUGUUGAUGGCCAAUCCUACUGGAGCACCUAAUAAUUCCUUUGCCGCACCAACUAGCCCCCAACUUCAGGCCGGCGGUCUUAGCCGGCAAAAUACCAAUCCAUUCGCCAGAUCUUCCCCUCAACCUGCCACACCCUUUUCUAAUCCUCCCGCCAACUCUCCUUUCCAGUCGCAACCUCCGGUUCAGGCCCAGGCCCCUCCGAUUCAAACAACGGCGACGGGCACCAAUCCAUUCGCCAGGAACUUCGGGCAGCCACAAAUCCAACCUCAGAGCCAGCCUCAGACUCAGCCGCAAAGGCCUCAGACGAGCGCCGGGCUUAUGCCGCAGCCUACGGGAAGUACGAACCCGUUCCGGCAAGGAGCUUUUGUAAACCACCAGACCGGAAUGGGCUGGCAACACGGACAUCAGCCGAUAGGUGGGGGCCUAGAUCAGCUCGAGGCUAUGCCGGUGUUCCCUCGACCUGCUACCCAGACGCCUUGGCAGCAGUAGGAAGACGACUAGCGUGAUGUAUGUAGGAGGGGGUUUGGCAGCUAGAAGAGAAAGAAGACGGUGGCGAAAUCGCGUCUCAGGACGUUCUCUAACUUAUCACUGAACGCAUAGAGCGAGGCGUUAUCCUAGGAUUUCAUAAUUUCCCCCCAAGCGCAGGACAAGACUGGAGGAAAGAGGAGAGAAAGAAGGAAGAUUUAGGAGAAUGGGCUUUACCCAGAAGAAACUAGCAGAUGCAGGCAAGAAAGCCAAGAUGAUUCAUCGGAUAUCCACGGAAGGGUUCCUGUAAAAGAAAAGAAAUAUAAGAUCAGACGUUGCCCCGAGGGGAAAUACUAUUACCAUUACUCUCUCGAAAGGGUUGGCCGGUUGAGCGGAAUCACGAGCAAGCAAGCAUUGGCGGACUCGAGGUUACUUCAUGCGCCUGUAUUAUUCAUGCCCUGUUGACUUCAAUUACGUUUAAUAAUAGGCUAUUGCGUAAUAGCUCGCAUACCGUUGCGCUGCGGGUUAUAGUGAAAGAACACUCAACGCUUAGAACUAUUUCUACCUAGAGUUGAGCCUCGCAAUUCGAAUUAGCAGACAGAAGAUAGAUAUUAGCAUGUAUUCGCGGACGGCGAAGAUAUAGUUACCUAGGUAUAUAAUUAAAUUUCAAUAACACCG